AUUUAGGUAUAUUAUGAUCGUAUACGACGAUUAAAUCGUGGUUAUCACAGUACAAUUACUUAUCAAUACUCGUGAUAAUAAACGUAAAUAUGUAUUACAAAUUUACAAUUAAAAAGAAAUAAGCUAUUAAAACAUUAACUAUAUCGAGUUUGACGCUUUAUUGAAAUUGAAAUGGGUUUAGACAACGAAAACCCAACUUUAUUUGAAAAAAGCGAAGAGAGGAAAGUUAGUGAAAAAGAUUUAGAUGACAACGAAGCGGAAGAGUUUGAUUCAAGGGAAAUAUUUGAUUUAAUUAGAGGAAUAACAGAUCCUGAACAUCCACUGUCUCUUGAAGAAUUAAGAGUUGUUGAUCAAAGUUUAAUUGAGGUUGAAGAUAGUAGCAAUACAGUAAAAGUAUUAUUUACACCAACUAUCCCUCACUGCAGUAUGGCUACAUUAAUUGGAUUAUCUAUUAAAGUUCGACUCUUAUGGUGUCUACCACCGCGUUUUAAAAUAUCUGUUACUAUAACACCUGGUACUCAUGCAUCCGAACAUGCCAUCAAUAAACAAUUAGAUGACAAAGAAAGAGUGGCUGCAGCUUUGGAGAAUACACAUCUAUCAACAGUCUUAAAUAAAUGUAUAGCUACUGCAUAAAUCAUCAUUGUUUUAGUCUUAAAAUUGUUCUUUAAUCUAAAAGAUAAAACAUGUAUAUAUAUACAUAAAUAUAGUUUUUAAUAAACCAUAUAUAUAUAUUAUUA